AUGUCCCUUUGCAAGGUCUGUGAGGAGUCGUUGGUGUUGCGUUUGGAUCCGGACGAGGAUGUGGAUGAUGAGGCUGGGGCGUCCAGCGCUGGCCCUAGCACAGUCUCGCAAUCAGUCCCCGAUGACCUCGAAUUGCCCUGUGGAUGUCACUUUCAUUGGCAAUGCUUGUUGGACCAGUCCUCCGAUGUAGCGGUCUCUCUCAAAUGCCCGAGUUGCAGUACCUAUUUGCCAGCAAACGACGCAGGGCCCUCGGCCACCAACCAGUUCCUCUCUGCGCCCCCGGGCGCUGCAAUUCUCACGAGAUAUGUCAACGAGGGUGGCGUUCAGGAAAACCUAGACAUCCUACCAUCGAUUACUGAGGAGGCAUACCUCGAGAGCCACCCUGAGGCCCGUCCGGCUCGUGCGCUGCAUGUCAUGUCCGCCGAGGGCGACGUUGGCGGAAUUGUUGAGUUGCUCCGGGAUGCGAGUGACGAGAUUGAAGAUCUGGCGUCCUUCGUCAGGUACCAAGAUCCCCUCGCCGACAUGAAGAGCGGGUUGCAUCUUGCCAUUGAACACAACCAGGAAGAGACACUUUGGCUUCUUCUCUGGCUGUGCUCUACCAUCCCGGAUGCGGCUUUCCCCGAAACUGCUCGCUCGGUGGCUCAAGUUCUGGGCGUCGGACGCCUCUCCGUCCCGGCAGAGGGAGAUAUUCGUGGCCUGCGAGACAGCCAUGGCCAAACGGCCGCGGAUCUCGCUCAACAGAAGCAAGCUCAAUGGGCUUCCAUCCUUCAAGCGGGACUACUGUCUCUGUAA